GGGCUCCCGGGCGGCCCAGGUCGGCCAGCUUUUCUCCUGCCGAGGGCCCUCCUCCCGACCACCGAAGGACAAAAGAGGCCCAGGAGAGGCAUCCUCACCCCUCGCCCGGAACCUAGGUCCUCGCUUAUUCCGGGGCCACUCAGGACUUGCGAGAGCGUGGCAGGUCUGGCUAAGGCGGAGCCACCAUAGCGCCAGCCCCCAUCUCCGCCCCCGCGCCUCCCAGCGGAGCCAAACUCUGGUUGGCUUGCUUUCCAAUCACGCUUUGGCUCUAUGGUUUUGAAAAGUCCUGGCCUCCUCCCGCCCUGCCCCAUCGCUAGAACUGACAGAGCCUCAGCGUUCGGGGAUCAGGCCCGCUCGGAGGCUGCAGACUAAGAUCGGGCGUCCGGGAGAUGCGGAGCAGGAGCAAUUCCGGGGUCCGCUUGGAUGGGUACGCGCGGCUGGUGCAGCAAACCAUCCUGUGUUACCAGAACCCUGUCACAGGGCUGCUCUCUGCCAGCCACGAGCAGAAGGAUGCCUGGGUGCGAGACAACAUCUACAGCAUCCUGGCCGUGUGGGGCCUGGGCAUGGCCUACCGCAAGAAUGCCGAUCGCGAUGAGGACAAGGCCAAGGCCUACGAGCUGGAGCAGAACGUGGUGAAGCUGAUGCGAGGUCUUCUCCAGUGCAUGAUGAGGCAGGUGGACAAAGUGGAGAAGUUCAAGUACACUCAGAGUACCAAGGACAGCCUGCACGCCAAGUACAACACUGCCACCUGCAGCACCGUGGUGGGCGAUGACCAAUGGGGCCACCUCCAGGUGGAUGCCACCUCCCUCUUUCUCCUGUUCCUGGCUCAGAUGACUGCCUCAGGCUUGCGUAUUAUUUUCACCCUCGACGAGGUGGCCUUUAUACAGAAUCUCGUUUUUUACAUAGAAGCUGCGUAUAAAGUUGCUGAUUAUGGGAUGUGGGAGCGUGGAGAUAAGACUAAUCAGGGCAUUCCGGAAUUGAACGCAAGCUCUGUAGGAAUGGCCAAGGCAGCACUUGAGGCCAUUGAUGAACUCGACCUUUUUGGAGCCCACGGAGGACGCAAGUCAGUGAUCCACGUUCUGCCCGACGAGGUCGAGCACUGCCAGUCAAUUCUGUUCUCCAUGCUGCCAAGAGCAUCAACAUCCAAAGAGAUUGAUGCGGGACUUCUUUCCAUCAUUUCUUUUCCCGCCUUUGCAGUGGAAGAUGCGAACCUCGUAAAUGUGACCAAGAGUGAAAUUAUUUCCAAGCUACAGGGGCGUUAUGGAUGCUGUCGUUUCCUUCGAGAUGGUUAUAAAACCCCAAGAGAGAAAGUUCUACACGUCCAAUUCCAGGACCCAAACCGGUUGCAUUAUGACCCUGCUGAACUCAAGCUCUUUGAGAACAUUGAAUGUGAGUGGCCUGUGUUCUGGACCUAUUUCAUAAUAGAUGGAAUCUUCAACGGUGACGCUCUCCAGGUCCAGGAGUACCAAGAAGCCCUAGAAGGAAUAUUAAUCAGAGGCAAAGAUGGGAUCCGCCUGGUGCCAGAACUCUACGCCAUCCCACCAAACAAGGUGGAUGAAGAGUACAAGAAUCCUCAUACCGUGGACAGAGUUCCUCUGGGCAAGCUUCCCCACCUGUGGGGUCAGUCCUUGUACAUCCUCAGCUCGCUGCUGGCAGAGGGAUUCCUUGCCACUGGCGAGAUUGAUCCCUUAAAUAGAAGAUUUUCCACUUCCGUCAAACCCGACGUUGUCGUGCAAGUCACCGUUCUGGCAGAGAACAGUCACAUUAAGGAAUUGUUGAGGAAACACGGCGUAGACGUCCAGAGCAUUGCUGACAUCUAUCCAAUCCGAGUCCAGCCAGGCCGGAUCCUUAGUCACAUAUACGCCAAACUCGGACGGAAUAAGAACAUGAAAUUGAGUGGGCGACCAUAUCGGCACAUUGGCGUCCUUGGAACCUCCAAACUAUAUGUGAUUAGGAACCAAAUCUUUACUUUCACACCCCAGUUCACCGACCAGCAUCACUUCUACCUGGCCCUGGACAAUGAGAUGAUCGUGGAGAUGCUGAGGAUCGAGCUGGCUUACCUGUGCACGUGCUGGCGGAUGACUGGCAGGCCCACGCUCACCUUCCCCAUCACUCACACCAUGCUCACAAAUGACGGCUCGGACAUUCACUCUGCGGUUCUUUCAACAAUUCGGAAGCUCGAGGAUGGAUAUUUUGGAGGAGCUAGAGUCCAGUUAGGGAACCUUUCGGAAUUUCUCACCACAUCAUUCUACACAUAUCUGACCUUCCUGGAUCCAGACUGUGAUGAGAAGUUGUUCGAUGAUGCCAGCGAAGGAAGCUUCAGUCCUGAUAGCGAUUCGGAUUUAGGAGGAUAUUUAGAAGAAACUUAUAAUCAAGUUACAGAAAGCCAAGAUGAACUUGACAAGUACAUCAACCACCUUCUGCAAAGCACCUACUCAAAGUGCCAUCUGCCUCCUCUGUGUAAGAAGAUGGAAGACCACAAUGUUUUCAGUGCCAUCCACUCCACUCGGGACAUACUUUCCAUGAUGGCAAAAGCAAAGGGUCUGGAAGUUCCAUUUGCCCCCAUGACUUUGCCAACCAAAGCGCUCAGCGUCCACCGUAAGUCGCUGAAUCUUGUCGACUCUCCGCAGCCACUCCUUAAAAAGGAUCCUGAAGGCGACUGCCACUGGCCCAAAGACGAGCGAGGCGACGUGGACUGCGAGAAGCUGGUGGAGCAGCUGAAGGACUGCUGCACCCUACAGGACCAGGCAGACAUCUUGUACAUCCUGUAUGUGCUCAAGGGUCCAAGCUGGGACACAGCUCUCUCCGGACAGCACGGGGUCACCGUUCACAACCUCCUCAGUGAGCUCUACGGGAAAGCUGGCUUGAACCAGGAGUGGGGUCUGAUUCGCUACAUCUCGGGCCUGCUCAGGAAGAAAGUGGAGGUCCUGGCCGAGGCCUGUGCAGACCUGCUCUCCCACCAGAAGCAGCUCACAGUGGGCCUGCCGCCCGAGCCCCGCGAGAAGACCAUCUCUGCGCCCCUUCCCCCAGAGGAGCUCACACAGCUCAUCUACGAGGCCAGCGGGGAAGACAUCAGCAUCGCGGUCCUCACCCAGGAGAUUGUGGUUUACCUGGCCAUGUACGUCAGGGCCCAGCCCAGCCUCUUCGUGGAGAUGCUCAGACUCCGGAUUGGACUGAUCAUUCAGGUGAUGGCCACGGAGCUGGCGAGGAGCCUCAACUGCUCAGGAGAAGAAGCCUCUGAAAGUUUGAUGAACCUCAGCCCUUUCGAUAUGAAAAACCUCCUGCACCACAUCCUUAGUGGCAAAGAGUUUGGCGUCGAAAGAAGCAUGCGUCCUAUCCACUCCUCUGCAUCCAGCCCUGCCAUCUCCAUCCACGAGGUAGGACAUACUGGAGUCACCAAAACAGAGAGGAGUGGCAUUAACAGGCUGAGGAGCGAGAUGAAACAGAUGACCAGGCGAUUUAGCGCUGAUGAACAGUUCUUUCCUGUGAGCCAGACGGUAUCUAGCAGCGCAUACUCCAAGUCUGUGAGGUCCAGCACCCCGUCCUCACCCACGGGCACGUCCUCGUCAGACUCGGGAGGACAUCACAUCAGCUGGGGGGAGCGGCAGGGCCAGUGGCUGCGCAGGCGGCGGCUGGACGGAGCCAUCAAUAGGGUCCCCGUGGGCUUCUACCAGAGGGUGUGGAAGAUCCUUCAGAAGUGCCACGGUCUCUCCAUCGAUGGCUAUGUCCUCCCAUCCUCAACAACCCGAGAGAUGACCCCACAGGAGAUCAAGUUUGCUGUCCAUGUGGAGUCAGUGCUGAACCGCGUGUCCCAGCCCGAGUACCGGCAGCUGCUAGUGGAAGCCAUCAUGGUGCUGACACUGCUCUCAGACACAGAGAUGGAGAGCAUCGGGGGCAUCAUCCACGUGGACCAGAUCGUGCAGAUGGCCAAUCAGCUGUUCCUGCAGGAGCAGAUAUCCACCGGAGCCAUGGACACCCUGGAGAAAGACCAAGCCACAGGGAUCUGCCACUUCUUUUACGACAGUGCCCCGAGCGGGGCUUACGGCACGAUGACCUACCUAACGAGAGCGGUGGCUUCUCACCUGCAGGAGCUGCUGCCCAGCUCGGGCUGCCAGACGCAGUAAGGCCUCACUUGUGAAGGUGGCCACCCUGUCACUUGUCCCAAGACCCCCUGGGCCACCACAGAAGCAUGCCCCAUCAGAAACAAACGCUGGAAGGCGACGGCAGCCCUCCACCUAGGCCAGUGCACGAGCAGGGCGCCCAGAGCACAGAGCACUCCUGGGCUCCCCGCAGAGGAGCGCCCUGGGCUGGGUGUUCUGGGUUUGUUUCGCGGCAACAUUUGUCACAGCAUCUGGUCUCAUGGACUGAGGAGGAAUUGGCAAUCGGCUGUAGCAGAGGUACAGAAAUAGGCUGUGAGCUAGCGACAUCCAAGAUGGAGGGAUCCUUCCAGCGGCAAGAGCAAGACAAGCAGAGAGACCGACAGAGGGCUCACCUUCACAGGGUGCAGUCCGUCUGCGGACCACGCGGCUUACCAAAUAGAACGGCUUGGCUCUGGCA